CUAUAAACACUGUCGUAGUUUUGCUCGGUUGCUGCGGAUCCUCCGGUUUAUAAACUUUUCCAUUUCGUGCAUUUUGUUUGUUUGCGAGUUUGUUGUUUUAUUGUGAGAUUCUCUGAUGGCAGCAGAAGCGCAGGAGGUUUUGAAACUACAACUCGAAGCCGUUAUUGGGUUCAACGGUCACGUGUUCUCUGGACUGCAAGUUCACCCGGACCGAGAGCAUCUGAUCUACCCGCUCGGCUGCACGCUGAUCAUUAAGAACCUGAGGGACUGGAAGCAGGACUUCCUCCACGGACACACCAACAAUGUCUCCUGCGUCUCUGUGUCCAGGAGUGGGACGUACAUUGCUUCAGGACAGGUCACCUUCAUGGGCUUUAAGGCUGAUGUAAUCAUCUGGGAUUACGCUAAAAGAGACAUUCACGCUCGGCUCAUCCUCCACAAAGCCAAAGUCGAAGCGCUUGCUUUCUCUCCGAAUGAGAAAUACCUGGUGUCUCUGGGAGGACAAGAUGACGGCAGUAUCGUGGUGUGGAGCUUGGAGAAGAAGGAGGCGAUCUGUGGGAGUCCGGCGUCGGCUCACAGCGCAGGUCACUGUCUCACCAUCAGCUACUGCAACCUCAGCGAUGACGUCUUCAUCUCAGCCGGAGAUGGUACGCUCCGUGUGUGGGAGCUCGACCUCCCCAACAGGAAGAUUCGCCCUACUGAGUGUCAGACAGGGCAGUUAAAGAGGGUUAUUAAGUACAUAGAGAUCCCAGAGGACGACGCUUUCUUUUACUGCGGCACCACGAGCGGAGACAUCCUCAAAGUGAACCUGAAGAGUCGCCUGCUGAACAGCUGUGGUCCAGUGAAGCACAAAUUCAGCAAAGGUGUAAAUGCUAUGAAGAUGUUGAAGACAGGAGAUCUGUUGGUGGGAUCAGGAGACGGAACUUUCAGCCUCUGCUCCGUGACGAACUUCAAAAUCAUCAAGAGUGUGAUGCUGGAGGGCGGCGUGUCGUCCGUGGCUCUGCGUGGUGAAGGUCAGCAGGUGUAUGUUGGCACUGAGGCGUCUCAGAUUUACAGGUUCAGCUACACGGACUUCACCCCGGAGCUCAUUGCCACCAGCCACAGCAGUGCGGUUUGGGACGCAGCCUUUCCUGUAGGUACGUCGGAACUCUUCGCCUCUUGUUCUCAGGAUGAUAUCCGUGUUUGGCACACAGAGUCCAGUAAAGAGCUGUUACGGAUCCGAGUCCCGAACAUGACGUGUAACGCGGUGGGCUUCAUGCGGGACGGCCGGAGCAUCUACAGCGCGUGGAACGAUGGGAAAAUCCGCCUGUUUGCUCCCGAGAGCGGCCGUCUGAUGUUGGUGAUCCCCAACGCUCACAGUAUGGGCGUGACGGCGUUAAAGAGCACCAGCGACUGCAAACGCCUCGUUAGUGGAGGAGGAGAGGGACAGGUGCGAGUCUGGGAGAUCCUGCAGAACACACACAGACUUAUUGCCAGCAUGAAAGAGCACCAAGCUUCAGUCAACGCCAUCAAGGUUAAAAGUAAUGAUGAGGAGUGUGUGACGGCGAGCUCAGACGGAACCUGCAUUAUCUGGGACCUGGUGCGCUUUGUGAGAAAUCAGAUGGUCUUGGUGAACACACUGUGCAAAAGCGUCUGCUAUCAUCCUCAAGAAUAUCAGAUUAUCACCAGCGGAACGGACCGGAAGGUUGGCUACUGGGAGGUGUAUGAUGGAGCGGCCAUUAGAGAGCUAGAGGUCUCACAGUCGGGGGCCAUUAACGGCAUGGACAUCAGCGCUGAGGGAGGACAUUUCAUCACCGGUGGUGAUGAGAAGCUAGUGAAGGUGUGGCGUUACACUGAUGGUGAUGUCACACACGUGGGCGUCGGCCACAGCGGCAGCAUCAGCAGUGUCUGUUUGUGUCCCAACAGCAGAUUCAUCAUCAGCACCAGCACAGAUGGAGCUGUGCUCAGAUGGAGAUUCCCACACCUCACAUAAACCACACCCACAAACAUAAGCACACCUACAAACACAUAAACCACACCCACAAACAUAAGCACACCUACAAAUACAUAAACCACACCUACAAACAUAAGCACACCCACAAACUCAUAAACCACACCCAUAAACAUAAACCACACCCACAAACACAUAAACCACACCCACAAACACAUAAGUCACACCCACAAACACAGAAAUGGCACACACAACUUUGUCCACAGGACAAAACAUGGACAUAUACACAGUUAUUCACUAAAGAUAAUAUUUUCUAAUAUAUUUCUGCAAGGAACUCUUUUUCAUUUUCUCCAAUCCACCAAAUAAGUGCUGACAUUUUGACAAUUUAAACCUCCUCAAAAGCAAGUUUAAAUUUAAUCCCUAACUGAAAUUUAAAUCUGAGUUUAAAGUGAUGGAGCAAUAAGAUUAUAUUUAAUCCAGGUUUAUUAUGAAAUUAAAUCCAGGAUUAAUGUGAUGGUUUAAUUGUAAGCCUGCUUAUUUUUAAACAAGGUUUAAAGUUUGGUGCAACAGAAUUAUUAGAUAAAACUUGAUUUAAUCUAGAUUUAAGAUUAAUCCUUAUUGGUGCAACCCACCCUGAGUUGAAUUAUUUCCGACUUUUAGCAUAUAAUAUUAGUUAGUUUAGUGUGAGUUUUAGUUUCCUGUUAGAUUUUAUUUUUAUUUUUAUUUGUUUUUUCCAUUUUUCUUUAUCACCACACACAGUGUCUAAUUAUCAGAAAUCACCUUUAUUUGGUUGUCUUUUUUCUUUAAAUUCAGGACAUUCCCUGAAAUGCACAAAUGUUACUUCAAUAAAUGCAAAAAGAAAAUUCA